AUGGCCAGCCAACUUCUCCCUCUCGAACUCAUCGACAAGUGUGUUGGGUCUAAAAUCUGGGUCGUAAUGAAAGGCGACAAAGAAUUUACCGGCACACUCACCGGUUUCGAUGACUAUGUCAACAUGGUUUUAGAAGAUGUUAUUGAAUUUGAUUACUCUGGGAACCAAACCAAGCUUCCUAAGAUUCUACUGAAUGGUAAUGGUAUUGCAAUGUUGGUACCCGGUGGAGAAGGACCAAUUGGUGCAUCAUAA